GGGCACACACGCGCCUCGGGAAACUCAGCACACCCUCGUUUCCCUUUCCUUUGGUGCCAUCUCGCCCAUCCCCACUCGGUGCGCUUGAGCGGUCGCCAUGUACUAGAAGCGACGAAGUGACCGAUCUCUCACCGGGAGUUCCUCGCUCUCUCGCAACAAGAGACUGCGAUCGUGCGUGUGGCAAGUAGGGUGGAUCGGAGUCUUCAAGGUGUUGGGAUUCGUUUCGGUGGAGGCCGGGAUAGAUGUCGAGUGGAGAAGUAAGGAAGGUGUCCCGUCAGGACAUACAACUCGUUCAGAAUCUUAUUGAACGAUGCCUGCAGCUGUAUAUGGACCAGAAAGAAGUAGUUGAAACUUUAUCUUUGCAGGCAAAGAUAGAGCCUAGUUUUACUCAACUUGUUUGGCAAAAACUUGAGGAGGAAAAUCGAGAAUUUUUCGAAGCAUAUCAUGUUAGACUGAUUCUUAAGAACCAAAUAUUGGUUUUUAACAGGCUUCUUGAGAAACAGGUUGAGCUGAUGCAGGAAGCAUGUCCUACUGGAAUUUCUACCAUAUCCCUUCCCAAUGGCUCUAAUGCUCCUGCUUUGCAUCUAGCUCCAUCGUGCUAUAUGUCUCAGCAAACUUCUACGUCAGCAAGGCUAGAUGACAUGCUUUGUGCUGGAGGUUUCACAAGUGCUCUUGUAAAUGGUGGGCCAUCAGGACAUGGAAACUACCUUGGGAAUGAUUCUGCAAUUCUUGCUGGGAGCAUGAAUGCCUCAACAAGUAUGCUAUCCACUCCAAACACCAACAUGGGAAGGAUUCCUGGGAUGAACGGAAUGAUUGUUAAGUCAGAACCUAAUUAUCCCAACAAUUCUGAAUUCCCAUUCGGUAAUGAUAACAGCAUGUUGGAAGCACACCAACCAAUUGGAGAUACUUCAGCUGGGUCCUUUGGUAGCUCAGAGUUGAGUGGCCAACCAUUACAAGAUAAUCUCCUCGAUAUCGAUACAUCUUCGCUUGGAUUUGGUCAGAUUCCCCGAAAUUUCAGUUUUUCGGAUCUAGCAGAUGACUUUACUCACUGUUCUGAUAUCCUGGAGAACUAUGAUCGGUCUCCUUAUCUUCCACCUGAUUCAAAUAACUUGUCAGACUCUCCGGCAAGGGAAUUUAAAGAGGAAGACAUUAGAAAGCUAGACACCAUAUCUGAAGGAGUCAGUUACGAGGAAUUUGGAAGCGACUGACCGUAAUACCUGUUGGUCUGUUUGUUGUCAAGGUUGACUGGGCAUCUGUACUCAUGGAUUUGACAGGUGACUUGUUCCUCAGAUUUCAGUGGAGCCUUCUGAAGUCGUCUACCUCUGGUGCGUUUGAUAAGAUAUGCUAAUGCUUGCUGCCGUUGGCGCAUUCUGCAACAGUCCUUCUAUCGAAGCAACAACGGGAGUGGUUUGAUUUAUUUCAUUCUGACCUUUCUAAUCGAUAGGCACUUUAAUUGUUGUGUUCUUCUUCUGUGAAAGACUCGUGUAUCAGCUGCUAAAUUCCAGUAUUACUUUUCCUGUUGGUUUUGUUUGA